GGAACAUUCGCUGCACCGUGGACAGCGAAGGACAGACGCAGCCCUGCAGAAAGUUGAGAUCCCGUUUUAUAAUCAACGUUGCGAGAAAAAAAGAAAGCAUUCUGCAACCAGAUUUACUUCCCUGGCAGAAUGGGUGGAUCUGUUUCCAGCUUGGAUGAGAACAGAUGCAAUUAUAUCAGAGGCAAGGCUGAAGCAGAGCUUAAAAACUUCAGUCCUCAUUACCAGCGGCAAUACUCUGUGGCCUUCUUCAACCAUAUCAGAUGUGAGGUAGAGCAAGACCAAGAAGAGCAACCUCAAUUGCAGCAGCAUAAGGAGCGAAAGGGAACCGGGAAAGUGAUAUAUAAACAGGAAGUGACACAAUAUCUGGAAGAUCUCAAAAAAUGGAAAGACCGAUACAUUGUUGUAAAGAAUGACAACAGCGUCGAAUGCUAUGAAAACAAGGAAGCCUAUCAGAAAGGAGGAGAUCCAAAAUGUAAACUGAUUCCAACGGGUUACAGAUUGCUUACGUCCAUGAUUGAAUAUGCCUUAUUGGUGGACAAAUAUUUCCCUGACCCAAGUGCAACCAAUGGGAAAGACGGUAAUCAGAGCUUUCUCAUUAACCACACCCAAUACCCAGUGUACCUAUGGCACCCUUACCGAAAGCAUAGUUACUUCUGUUUUGAGAAUGAAGAGGCGCAGCAGGAAUUUGGGGCUGUUCUUAAUGACUGUAUCCGGCACCUCAAUUAUGAAUUUGCAAAACAGAGUUCGUUUGAAGUUCAAGCAUUUUCAGAAGCUAUUCAAUUCUUCAGGCAAGAAAAAGGCCAUUAUGGGUCCUGGGAAAUGAAUCAUGGCAAUGAAGCAUUGGGAACUGGAUCCCAAACCUGUAUGAGAGUCCAUGAAGAAUUUGCCCCAGAGCCAUUUUUUUGUGUGGAAACAGCUGGUGAGGGUAUUACUGUUAAGAGUUCUGGUAAUGAGAGUUCUGGUAGCAAGGUUAUUGCUGGUGAGGGUACUUCAGCAACAGUGACUGAAAAGGCUGACCAGGGUUGGCUUGAGAAUAUUCAGCCCUACCUGACUUCUACAUUGGAGGAGUUGAUGGGACUAAUCAGUUCAGGAUUCACCGAAGUUCGUUCUCUCUUUGAAAUUGAGGUCAAUGAAUUAAGUGCAAAAUGUCAGGAUGCUGGUGAUGCUGAAAAACUGAAAGAGUACCUGAAUCAAUUGAUGAAUCUUCCUUUUAAUGCUGUGAAAAUGCAGCCUUGCUAUAAUAAAGUUAGCCCUCUUCAAGACCAGAUUCAGGAAUUGAAGAACCGAUUCAAGUUCACCAAUACACAUUGGCUUAUUCAAACAACUCAGAACUUCAUGCAAGAACUAAUGCACAAUGCGGUCUACACAUUUGAACAAUUGUUGUCUGACUCAUUGAAGAGCAAUCCAUCAAAAACUGUAACAUCCAUUGAAAAAGUUAAGCAAAGAGUGUUAAAGCAAUAUGAUCAUGACAGCAGCACUGUAAGGAAGAAGUUGUUCCAAGAAGCCCUGGUCCAAAUUACAUUGCCAACACUACAGAAAACAUUGGCACCGAGCUAUAAGCGUGAGCUUCAGAAAUAUGAGCAAUACAUCUUUGCAGAUUACACGAAACUCAUUCAAGUGGAGAAUAUCUAUGAAGAAAUCUUACUUCAAACCAUUCUCAGGGAGGUGGUCAAAGUGGUGAAUGAAGCUGCCAUUUUGAAGAAACAUAACCUGUUUGAAGACAACGUGACUUAUGCUAGUGACAGCGAUAGCAAUCUCACUGAUAAAAAUGAAGGAAAGACACCACCAGAUUCUCAAUCAAGGAGCCCUGCUAAAACAUCAUCCAAAGGGUCAUAUGCAGAGGGAUUGGAAACUGAAGAAAAAGUGACUUCACAAAUUCUUACUCCUUCAUCGGAUCCUUCACUGAAUGAGAAACAGGAAUGCAAACAGUCACCAGUGUCUCAGAUGGAGCCUCAUGAUGAAAUUCUUCAUACUACAUUUGAUUCUAAACAGAAUGGGGAAAUGAUUUCCCAAAUAGAUAACAGUGCAGUGCAGGAAGCUAGUUCAGCCACGAUUAAUUAUCAGGAAGCUGAAAAACUAAUCAAAUUAGAUAACAAAAGCAGUAAUGAGAAUGUACCAAGAAAUGAAUGCCAGAACAGAAAGGCUGAAAUACAGAAAGAAAUUAUAGCUCCACCACCUCCUGAUAGUUUAAAAGAAAUACAUGAUCUGUUAACAGUGGCAGUUGUGCAAGCUGAAGAGUGUUCUGAGAAUCAAGUAACUUUGCUGCCUAAUGACAAAAGCCACACUGAAGUACACAAGGAAUCUAGUCCAAAAGUGGCUGAGCAUUUGAAGGAAGUACAUGAAACAAAAGAGGAAAAUGUAUCAUCAGCAAUUGAACUUGUUGAAGGUCAGAGUGAGGAAAAUAAGGAACUGCCGGCACCAGUUGAGGAACUUGUGGAAAUCCAGGGUGAGGAAGGCAAUGAACCCAAAGGCUUACCAUCAACAAUUGUUGAACUUGUGGAAGGCCAGGGUAAGGAAGAGAAUGAAACCAAAAGCUCAUCAUCAACAGUUGAGGAUCUUGCCGAAAGUAUAAGUGGGAAAGUUAAUGAACCCAAAGGCUUGCCAUCAACAGUUGAGAAUCUUGUGGAAAGCCAAGGUGAGGAAGUUAAUGAACCCAAAGACUCACUGUCAACAGUUGGAGAGCUUGCACAAAGCCAAGGUGAAGAAGUUAAUGAGCCCAAAGACUCAUCGUCAACAGUUGAGGAUCUUACAGAAAGCCAAGGUGAGGAAGUUAAUGAACCCAAAGACUCAUCAUCAACAGUUGUUGAACUUGUGGAAGGUCAGGGAAAGGAAGAUAGGCAGUCGGAAGAAAACUUGCCAGCAGCCAUCAGUGAACUUGUGGAAAGUCAAGACGAGAAGGCUGCAGAACCUAAAAAGGAGGGCAUACCACUAAAAAUAAAUGAAUGCCUGGAAAAUGAGUCUUGCACUGACAACAUUGAUUCUAAUCAUGUUUCUGGGAGUGCUGCAAUAUUGCACAAUGAGGGAGUUCAAGAAGUGAGCACUAUACACACAACAGAUACUGAAAUAUUGCUUGUCUUUCCUGAAAAGGAACAGGAACAAGCUAAGGAAGAUGACAAGAAUUCUCAGAUGUAGAUCAUCAUUUAUGCAGAAGCAGAGGUGAAGGAAUUGAUCGUGAGCAGUCCAUCAUUGCCAAAAAGGAAUCUAUUGUAUCACCAAAAGUGAACUGAGCACCUUGAAGCUCAAACUCCAUAAAAAUUAUGCUAAAAACCAAAAACCUUGAUUCCACUUUAUCUGAGAUGUUUACUGAGAGUUCUUAUAAUAUUCAGUGUUUUCCAGAUUAUACUGGGCAGCACUUCCUGUCCUUGUGCUAUCCUUUCGAAAUGAUGAGAAGAGGUCUGUGCUUGAUUUUAUUUUAUUUUUAAUUGCCUUUUUCUCCAUGCAAGGCUCAAGUAGGAAAACAGAGAUCAGGGUGAAGGGACUGGAGAAAGCAAAUCAGAGCCCACAUCAAGGUGUCCCAGACAGUAAUUGAAGAGUGUGUAAAAAAAUGCCUUAGAGUUAAGUAGAAUAAAACAGCUUAUAGCACAGAAAUGGCUAAUAUCAAAAUUCAGAAAGAGCUGCAGAAAAAUGUUAAAGUCAGCAACUUUCUUUUUGAAAUCAGGAUAUGUAGUUAAAAAAAUUACACAAUAUAUCCCAUUCCAUUUUCAAGCCUUUAUCAAAAAAUUGGACUUUCUCCACAAAAGGUAGACAUUGUCACCUGUUGUAAUUUAGUUUCUUGCUGUAGCAUUUCUGUUUAAUUUAUACUGAUAAAUUACUAGAAUCUUGUUUGUUUUUCACAUGCUUCCAACACUUGGAAUGCUAUAGAAUUUUUAUGUUCUGUUUAUGACACAGAAUUUAUGCUUUAAUUCAGUAUGAUUUUAGCCAUGAAUUAAAACCUGCAAUGUAACCAUUUAGUAGAAUGCACAGUCUACAUUUAUGCCAAUACCAAGGCUCCAUGCCUAGAUUAUCACCUUCCUAUCUACAGCUUAAAUAACUUGCUGCUCCAAAUAAGUGUAGCAUUAGACAUUGCUGUUAUCUGUUGACAGGUUCAAUUAACAGAAUUAGUGUUGAUGUUUGUAUGACUUCACCUUGCUAACAUUCUAGCAGCUUAAAAUCACAGGCCCAUGUGAUUGAUUUAUAACUCGGAGUUUGACAAUCUCACAGUUAUCCUGCUAUAAAUCAUAGCAUAAACAGGGCAACUGCAAUAUUUAAUUCAAGCUGCAACAGCCAUUUUGAAUAUUAAGAAGAACUAAUAAAACAAAGUUGAAUGCUUUUGAUGCAGCCUAAAAUUUAACUGCCCAGUAGUCAUUACUUUAAAACUUCAAUAAUAGUGCUUAUGGCUGAAGUUUUCAUGAACAAUUUAGUGUAAUGAUUUUGAAUUUCCAAACAAAAGCUAUUAAAUUACCUAAACUAAAACUGUAUAAAGACAAUCAUUGCAAUAAAGGAAACAAAUUGAGCAUUUCCAUUUCCCUUUCAAGAGAAGAGAUAGGACGGUAAGUUAGGACUGGGUUUGUCCUGUGCUAUGAGUUCAAAACCCUGCUGCCAGGAAGACAUAAGUGAAGAGCAAAGCUUUCCUUGUUGGAACAGGAAGAGGGAAGAUAGGUCUUUAUUUCUGCGAGUGGGGGGGUUACUCCAAGUCAGUCUCCGAAGCUUGAGGGGCAUUUAUAAAGAUUGCCAGUCGAUGGUCUCGCAACACUUGGGCAGUAUAUUACAGGGAAUCUACAAGAGGAAAGAAAGCAUUACUUUUGAAGUGGAAGAGAAAAACAAAAUAAAUAGCAUAAAGCCACACUGUUGUGUUCUGGGGGUAAUAAAAAAUACACAGACACUAAAUAAUUACAAGGAAUGCUGCAACUACAAGUUUCAGCUUAUUUUGGCUGUAACGUUAGACUAGCUUAUCUGCAACGCUACCAUGCACCCAUCAAUGUGUCCAUUUCAUAUUCCACAAUCUUACAAUAAAAUGUUGCCUUUAAUUAA